AUGUUCCACGCCAAUACAUUUGAAAGACCUAAAUUCUCUCCAUACGAAGACAACGGAGGUACUACACUUGCUAUUCCUGGUCCAGACUAUGUAAUCGUAGCUGCUGACACAAGAAUGAGUUUAGGAUAUUCAAUUCAAACCCGUAAAUCAACUAAAUUAUGUAAAUUGACUGAUAAGUGUGUUAUUGCUUCCGCUGGUAUGCAAUCUGAUGCUGCCACAUUACACAAAGUGUUAAAGAUGAGACUUGUAGAAUAUGAACAUCAACAUGGAAAACCAAUGAGUGUUGUUGCUGUUGGACAAAUGCUUUCUAACAUGUUGUACAAUCGUAGAUUUUUCCCAUACUAUACAUUUAAUCUUGUUGCUGGUUUGGAUACUGAUGGAAAAGGAAUUGUUUUCAGUUAUGAUGCUAUCGGAUCCUAUCAAUCUGUAGAAGUAGGAAGUCAAGGUUCUGGUCAAACUCUUAUUCAACCUCUCCUUGAUAACCAAGUUGCUUUCAAGAAUCACCUUUUGGUUCCAAAUACUGACCUUACUCUUGAACAAAGUUUAAGUAUUGUUAAGGAUGCCUUUACGAGCGCAGGUGAAAGAGAUAUCUACACUGGUGACUCUGUUGAAAUCUUAAUUAUUACAAAGGAAGGUAUCAAAACUGAAAUUUUGGAAUUAAAGAAGGAUUAAUUCCUCUUUCGAUUGUAUUUAAAUUUCUAAAUAAAUAUUGAUGUACAGU